AUGUGUUUUUAUCGCUACCACUACUUUGGUGCUUGCCAGCACCAAAGCUGCUUUCUUACCGCGUUCUGCGAGAAGGCACUGCCGCUCGGCGCGUCGCCGCCAAAUAGAGAAUGUGAGUCCGCUAGCGAAGGGCAGGCGCAGCAGAGCAGGCACGAAGAGCAGGAGCAGGAUGGGCAAGAACAGCAGCAGGAUAGGCAAGAACAGCAGCAGGACGGGCAGGAACAGCAGCAGGAUGGGCAAGAACAGCAGCAGGAUGGGCAAGAACCGCAGCAGGAAAGGGAAGAACAGCAGCAGGACAGGCAAGAACAGCAACAGGAGCCAGCGAAAGCUCCCACCGGUGCCUACGACUACAGUCUCGAGUCCUUCCCGGCACUUUCGACCAAAACACCCCCAAAACCAGCAUCUUCGCUACAGGCUUCCUCUUCCGCGAACAAGAGCUCAGUAUCAUCCACUCCGACGUCUUACGCAAACGUCUUAUCUCUACCGCGUCAGCAGCCUCGCAGUCAGCAUCCAGCACCAAAAUCAGAAGACCAAGGUGACGAUAUGGCGACUCUGGGUUUUGGCCGACCCAGCUUCAGGAGCCUAUUCGCCUCCGGCCCCAGCAAGUCGACAGUUGCAGUCAACCCGGUGCACCAUGACACACAAGGGAAUGUAGUAAGUGGCAGGCAGAUCCUCUCCUACUCCUCACUCGCUGACCACGUACAGAACGUUAACGAACAGCCGCGCUCUACCCGUUCCAGGCAGACGGGACUCAGGGACAAUACCGAAGACAGCAGCAUUCUGCCAGACAUGUAAGUCAGGAUCCCGAGUUCCGGUUGCGAUGCGACAUUCGUGCUGACUUCUGGUGCUCUGGCAGCGGCGAAAACCUACAACACAUCGCCGUCUCGACUCGCGGCAACAUUCACGCGCAAAACGUUGGCACCGACAGCCAGUCGAUCUCCUCGCAUGACGGUGGUAUGUACAGUGACUCGUUGCACGAUAACUCGGGUAGGAGUCGUGUAUCAAUUGAAGCCAUUGAAUCCGACCUCCGUCUGGCACAAGAGGAGGUAGAGCGCAUCAAGGCUGCUCAGACAGCUGUCGAGAACAACGCUAUACCGCAACUGGAGCCAACGACAAGCCCGACUGCGAGAAGCCCGACUGUACGAAGUCCAACCGUUCGCAGCCCUCGCACUCUAAUCCCGCAACCACAGCGACCGUCGGCAGCAGCACGUCUCCAGGCUAGGCACGAGGAGAACGAGCGACGAGCCAAAGAAGCAGCAUCGAAGCCUCCUGUGGUUGAGCAGCCACCACCACCACCAAGCGCCAGCGAGUUUCCAGCACUCGGCAACACCACUCCGUCACAUCAACAGACAAGAAACGUACCUUCCAGCAGCUCACGCGGCCGCAGAGCAUCGUAUGCCAACAUCUCAGCCGGAUCAAAGCGAACCGGCAACCGCGCAGUCGUCUCAAUGACCCCGUCGAACUCUACACCCACUCGUCAUCCUACACGCUCUGCCGCGACCACGUCCGCUACAAGCCCUGGUGCUGUUGCAAGUCCAAUCCCUGAGGGGGAACCUAGUGAAGACAGCGUUGUCUUCUCUCCAGCUGGACGUCAGGCUGGCGACUCCAGUAACACGAUCAGAGGCCCAUCUUCACCCAUCCGGCAACCUCCUCGCUUCGCGCAGCCCACCAAAGCAUCUUCGAUUCGGACUAGCGAGAGCCAGCGAAAGGACUCGGUGAUACCUGGAAACAAGAGCAGCCCUGAGACGUCGCCCAACAAGACUGUGCGAACUCUGGCCCAGCGUCACCAGAAGCGGAGCUCUCUGCCAGGGGCGUGGACCUCAUCGCCAGCUUCUGCAACCUCGGACACCUCUGCAGCAGUCGGAUCACUGGGCGUCGCCAUCAGCCCAUCCCGUCAUGGAAAUACACGUCCGGUUGCGAAUAAGGAUAAAGUCAAAGCGAGAGCCGAUGCAGGUACCGAAACCCAGACAAUUCGCUCGUACAUGUCACCAACGAAGGCGACUGCGCAGCGUGAGCUGGCAACCUUGGGUCAGGAGAAUGUCAAGCAGGCGGCUCCACGAGUGCAGAAGCAGCCGUCGCCGAUCGAUACCACCAUUCCAGGUUGGACUCGGCCACCGCCAGACGUUUACUCGGAGUCUGCGCCGCUGUCAGCUCGAACGGUCUCAUCUCACUCGGAGUACAUUAUUACAGAGCGCCUCGAAAGCCCACCCUCAGCCGCGGUCUCAGCCUUUUUGGAUAGAACCACCAGGUUGCUAUCUCAGGCUCGGCGAUCUCACAACAUGUCGUCAUCUUCUUCUCUGUACUCUGCUGCGUCGACUCAUCCUUCAUCACGUCGCUCGACUAUCGGCAUCACGACAGUGGCGGAGGUGCUGUCAGUGGUGGCCAAGGAGACUGGACUACCGCCCAACAACUAUAUCAAGCGACGAGGCUCACACGGACAUCUUCUGGGUCCAAUUACCGAGAAGCUCAAUCGUCUUGGUCUUCUGGACCGGAGCAAGAGCAGCAACCUCCCGGAUAAUGCAUUCAGACCUUUGACCAGUGCGGCGCCGGGUGUGAACACCGCGGAUAAAAACAUGCCGAAGACGCCUUACAAGCAAUCAGACUCAACGACCCGAGAGGACUAUGGAGCGACUUCACCGCACCUUCGUCAAGCUCGUGCUGGGACUACGAGCAACUUUAGCCAGCCAGGUCUAUCCAGCGGUGUUCCAGCGGCUGGCCACAUAUCGUCUUCCGGUAUUGCGAGCAUGCUGGGCAGUUUAUCUCAGCCGCGCUCGCUGAGAGCGACCGCUCAAGAAUUCAGACCAAUGGCGCAGUCAACUCCGACGCACCCGCAGCGAACACAUCCAGCGCAGCAACGGCACGGAUAUAUCAGCAAUGCAGAGUGGAGUUCAUUGUCUCCGGAUAUCAAACAGGGAAUUUUCCUCGACCGGCAUUUUCGACGCAACAACCGCAACUCGCCCGUUCACUUGCACGAUAGCGCUCAGUACAAUCUGUCCCUCCCUUUCAGCCAGAUCAAUACCGAUGGCUCCUUCUCUGGACAAGUUGCCGCUCAUCUGGAAAGCUUUGGACAAUCCUCCGGCGCUGAAGCUGUGUCAGAACCUGUUCCGCAAGCUGGCCAUGUCUUGCAGCCAGAGGUCGAUCCAUCCACUAAUCGUUUGCAAUGGGUUGUGCGUGACGGUACCGGCAACAGUCAUCCCAUCAACCUUGGUAGAGCCGCUGCGCCAUCCUCGGGUUCUCCAGGGACUCCUGCGCUUUCUCCAAGGUCAGAUGACACGUCGCCGCGUCGAUCUCCACCAUCUCCUCCGCGCGGAUGGUCUAUCGCCUCUGCGGCCUCGAUGAGAGGCAGAUAUGGAUGGGCAGGUGGUGAUGGGCGCGAGAUCAAGUUCAGAGGAUACGGGCCUGAUGCAGAGCGCGAUCCGAACACUCCUGUCAACUUCAGCGUCCAAAACCGGGCAGGAAGCUACGGUGUCGUCGGUCCACGCAUGAUCGGUGGUGGAGAGGAUGACGAGGACUGGUCGGCUCCUCUUGCUCCUCGCUCCCGCCGCCAGUGGGCUGAAAUGAUGGGCUAUCCAAAGAUCCCGUGCGACCGUGUGGAGAUCACUAGUGCUUGUGAGACGUCUGUCCCUCUUGACCCGAAAGGGUGGGGAUACUGCUGGGACUGUGACCCAUGA